CAUAUAGCUUCCAGUUCGCCACCACCAGACCCAGAGAAGAAACGAAACCCUAGAGGAAGGCAAACCAGGAAAUCAAGCAUGGUGUGUAUACGCAAGGCUACCGUUGACGACCUCCUAGCAAUGCAAGCCGGCAACCUGUUUUGCCUGCCGGAAAACUACCAGAUGAAGUACUACCUGUACCACAUCCUGUCGUGGCCACAGCUCCUCUACGUAGCGGAGGACUACGACGGCAAGAUCGUUGGCUACGUGCUGGCCAAGAUGGAGGAGGAGAGCUCGGAGUGCCACGGCCACAUCACCUCCCUCGCUGUGCUCCGUACCCACCGCAAACUGGUUCUCGCCACCAAGCUCAUGACGGCGGCUCAGAACGCCAUGGAACAGUUGUAUGGCGCCGAGUAUGUGUCCUUGCAUGUGAGGAAGUAUCUUUACUUCGGUCUCGGUUUGGUCUUUUGUGCUAAAAUGGCAAAUCACAUGGGCUCUUUCUCUCUCCUCCUUUGUUGUGUGAGAUUAAUGAUGGAUAGGAUAGCAGAGAUGCUCCACUACGAUGUCUUUUUUAAAAUCAUAAUCAUCUCUUCCAUCAAAACACUAUCUUUCACAUAUCCACCAUACUCCCUUUUUUUAUUUUGA